AUUCUUAAUUUUGAUUUUUUCAAUGUUUUAAUUGAUUUAUUGUUGUUUCUAAUAUAAUAUGUUUGGUAUUUGUAGAUAUGCACCUAUUUUGAAAAUCAUUGAUGAACGUUGGGAUAACCAACUUCAUAGGCCCUUACAUGCCACAACAUAUUAUCUUAAUCCUCAGUUCCACUAUGAAGAUGAUUUUAAAGAUGAGGAUGCCGAAGUUAAAAAUGGGUUGUUCAGUUGUUUAAAUAGGAUGGUAAAUGAUGUUAAUGAGCGCAACAAAAUUCUUAAGCAAAUGACUGACUUUCAUUAUGCUAGGAGCAUGUUUGGUUGUGAAGCUGCAAAGAACUCUAGGAAGAAUAUGUUACAUGCUGAAUGGUGGGAUUUCUAUGGAGAUAUGACCCCAGAAUUAAAGAGGUUUGCAAUUCAUGUUUUAAGCUUAACUUGCAGCUCCUCUGGUUGUGAACGGAAUUGGAGUUCAUUUGAAAUGGUCCAUACAAAGAGAAGAAAUAGGUUGCAUCAAAAAAAGAUGAAUAACUUUGUUUAUAUCAUGUACAAUCUGAAGUUGAAAAGUAGAAAAGGAAAAGCAAAAGAUGUUGUUUUUACAUUUGAAGAUAUUCAUUCAAACGAUGAGCAGAUAACUGAAGAUCCUAAUGAAGAAAAUGUGCAAACAUAAGUUAAUGUUGAGCAAGAUGAUGUUAUUGUUAACAAUGUUGCAGAAGAUGAUGUUUUGUUUCUAAUAUUGUGCAAAGCGGUGGUGGUGGAAAUGUUGAAUUAGGUGGAAGUGGAUCUCCAAGAAAUACAAAUUUAGUUAAUGAUGAAGAAGGUGUUUCAUCUGGGGCAGAGUUUGAUGAUAAUACUCAAGAAACCGAUGAAGAUGAUGGUGAUGAUAUUGGUGGUUGUGAUUUCACUUAAGCUUUGGAUGUUUAAAGUCAUUAGAAUAUCUGUUUUAUUUUUUUUUGCUUUAGGUAGUAUCCAAUUCAGAAGAAAUUAGUACUUUAAGUCUUUAAUUACAUAAUUUCCUAAUUUGUUUAUUUUAUU